AUGGAAACUGCACUUGCGCCAACCAGACAACGCCAGAAAGCAGUUUCAAGAACACACAACAAUAAAUGGAGUGCAGAAGAUGAUGCCCUCCUUCAAAAGCUUAUGACAGAAGAACCUACAGACAAUUGGCCAUCAUUACUUCCAUAUUUUCCAGGCAAAACUGCAACUCAAAUAGGAGAGAGAUGGUGCAAAGUAUUAGACCCUAAAUUGAUUAAAGGUUCAUGGACUCGCGAAGAAGACGAAAUGAUUAUCAAAUUUGUUCAAGAAAAUGGAACUAAAAAUUGGAAGAAGUUAGCUGAAAUACUACCUGGAAGACUUGGAAAGCAAUGCCGUGAGAGAUGGCGUAAUCAUCUUGAUCCAAAUGUUAAUAGAUCACCUUGGACGCCUGAAGAAGACAAAUUAUUGAUUCAACUACAUGAGAAAUACGGAAAUCAGUGGGUAAAAAUUUCGGAAAUGUUCAAUGGAAGAAGUGACAAUUGUGUUAAAAAUAGAUGGAACUCCACAUUAAAGAAGCAGAUAUUGUAUGAUCAGCUUGGUAUUCAAAGACCAAAGCGUGGACGUCCUUCACUUCAGAAAAUGCCAAAGUCUGCAGAUGAUAUCCCGAAGCCGCCAAAACUCGAAGAAAUUGCGGCCGAAAUUCAGAACGAGCCGAAACCACCGGCCACACCAACACUUGCCUCAUCAUUGCAGACGCCAGUAUUUUCGCCAUUCUUGAAAUCUCCAUUCCCACAGCCAUCACCAUCACUUGACAAAGAUGUCACUCCUAUGCAAUGGUCUCCAUCACUUCGUGAAGACCAAUUUAGCCUCUCUCCUAAUCUUAUUUUCAACGGACUUUCUCUCUUCUCUCCAAAGCUCCCAUCAAAUCCGAAUAAUAAUAUAUCAUUAUAA